AUGGAACUUGGGAUCAGAGGUCCAAAAAGUGUCCAAAAGCGAUCCAGGAGGGUGCUAAGGCUUCCUAGUGCUGCUACAGGGUUACGCCUGUGUUCCCCUUUCAAUUCCACACUGAUAUUAACAGAGAAAUCGCCUCGAGACAGUGUUGGUUAA